AUGGCCACGCCAUCCUCGCCUCGCCUGAGCAGCAUGCUCAAGUCGCCCUUUGCCGCAUCCUCGCGCUGGAUCAACAGGCGGCGCGGCAAGACGAGCGACGACCCGCCCCCGAUGCCUGUCUUGCCUGCCCAGCGGCCUCGUCAGCUCACGCCCACGCCGUCAUGCGAGAGCCUCAUCCCCCACGCUGAACUCGCCAUUGCCGCGAGCCCUUUCUUCCAGAAGCUGCCCCCCGAGAUUCGUCGCCAGAUCCUCAUCGAGGCGUUUGGCGGCCAGACGGUGCACAUGGAUCUCCUCUACGAGUCGCCCGUGCCGGACCAUGCCUCUACGACCGGCGACGUCGGCCACUGCGGCAUCCCUAUCUGGGACGUCAAGGAAUGCCACGAAGCGCGCCUGGGAAGCAACUCGGGCAAGCAGUGGCUUUGGCGCGGCUCCGUCUGCCAUCGAAAUCCGCCCACGCCUGGACCGCCCGGACACCGCGUGCAGCCGUCGCAGGACCUGUGCCGCUUUGGUGCUGUCGGCAAAGGCAUGUGCCAGCUGUGGCCGGGCGAGUAUCCCGCCAAGUGCUUCAUCGGCGCCAUGGGCUGGCUGCUCAGCUGCCGUCAAGCGUACAUUGAGGGCAUCGAGGUCCUCUACGCGACCAACACAAUCCACACGGCCAGCAAGGAGCUGCUCUGCCACAUGGACCGCUUUCUCUUGCCGCAGCGGCGCCUUGCCAUCAUCAGCGUGGAGCUGCUGUGGGAGAUGGACUGCCCGCCGCUCCAAGACACGCGGUACGGAAGCCUGACGUUUCCGCAGUUCCUCGACGGCGUUCCGAGCAUGUUCCCGAGCGUCGAGAGCCUUCACCUGACGGUGCAGUGGCGCAACCCGCGACCCGAGCGCUGGGGCAUGCCCAACCCGACGCAGGCCGCGUUCCAGACGGCCGAGGAGACCAUCAUGCACCCGCUCGACGGCAUGGUGCGGCGGCUGGGCCCGCACGUGCGCGACUGCUCCAUCGCCAUUCCGAGCUCCAUGUACGGACCGCGGCGGCGCCGCGCCAAGAUGGCCGGCGCCGUUGUCGAGCAGGCGUGCUACGGCGGCUGUCUCGAGCGGUAUUGGCGGCCGCUGGACGGCCCCGAGCACCGCGACGGCUACUGGGUGCGGCACGGGCACAAGGACAUUGCGCUCCCGUACAUGAGCCCGACGGAGAUUUGCAUGGAGGACUGGAUCCUGUUUUACGGCGUGUGA